UUCUGUUUAUCACAUUUCUUAAAUAAGCUGAUAAUGGAAAUAAUUAAGUAUCAUUCCUAGUCAGUUUAGCAAAUUAAUUUCCUUUAAAUUUUUUUCUUAAUAAUCACAGAAAAUAGUAGUAGAAAGCUAUUUUUUUUCUGUAGAGUGUUCUUUGUGCCAUAUCCUUUUUAUCAUUACAAUGGACAAAUAAGAAAUUAACUAAACAUAAUUUGUUUUUGUAUCUACCUGUCAACAUACACCAGGCAGACCAUAAAUAAUUAUAAGCUUGUUUUUGCUUACUGAGGUAGUUCCUGUCAACAUUUUUGUUGCUUCUGUUCUGUAGAAAAUUGCUUUCUGCCAGUUAGUUAUUGUUCUAAUAGACAUCCUUUGUAUAGGAUUACAAGGCCAGCUGUUGUGUCAGAUGUAUGGUCUCAAUAGGUUCUGUCCAUUAUACCUGCUGCUAAGCUCUCCUGAUCAUAAAAUGUGGAAGUAAAUUAAUUGUCUGUUAGACUAUAUUGGUGUGAUGUCUAUAUACAUUGCUUUGUCUUACUGAAAUAAAUCAAAGUACUAAUUAUGUUAUUUUCUGUUCUUUCCCCAGGAAGCUAUUGAUUGCCUAGAAAUUAAAAGAGGGUGUGAGAAGUCUGAUCAAGGUGGAAAUUUGUUUUCCAAGAGCCUUUUCACAACUGCCUUUUGCAGAAUCUUCAGACAGUCCCAUUUGUGCCAUGUUUUGUGGCUCUCACCGUAAGAGGAAUUUGUCUUGAUGAAGAUUCCUAACAUUGGUAAUGUGAUGAAUAAAUUUGAGAUCCUUGGGGUUGUAGGUGAAGGAGCCUAUGGCGUUGUACUUAAAUGCAGACACAAGGAGACACAUGAAAUUGUGGCUAUCAAGAAAUUCAAAGACAGUGAAGAAAAUGAAGAAGUCAAAGAAACCACUUUACGAGAGCUUAAAAUGCUUCGCACUUUGAAACAGGAGAACAUUGUGGAGCUGAAGGAAGCCUUCAGAAGAAGAGGAAAACUCUACUUAGUUUUUGAAUAUGUGGAAAAAAAUAUGCUUGAAUUGCUAGAAGAAAUGCCAAAUGGAGUUCCACCAGAAAAAGUGAAAAGCUACAUCUACCAGCUAAUUAAAGCAAUUCAUUGGUGCCAUAAGAAUGAUAUUGUUCAUAGAGAUAUCAAGCCAGAGAAUCUCUUAAUAAGCCACAAUGAUGUUCUGAAGUUGUGUGACUUCGGCUUUGCUCGUAAUCUCUCUGAAGGAAGCAAUGCUAACUAUACAGAAUACGUGGCUACCAGAUGGUACCGCUCACCUGAGCUCUUGCUUGGAGCCCCUUAUGGCAAGGCUGUGGAUAUGUGGUCUGUGGGCUGUAUCCUGGGGGAGCUGAGUGACGGGCAGCCCUUGUUCCCUGGCGAGAGUGAGAUUGACCAGCUCUUCACCAUUCAGAAGGUGCUGGGCCCUCUGCCAGCCGAGCAGAUGAAGCUCUUCUACAGCAACCCACGCUUCCAUGGCUUGAGGUUUCCAGCAGUCAAUCAUCCACAGUCUUUAGAAAGAAGAUACUUGGGAAUUUUAAGCGGUGUACUGCUUGAUCUUAUGAAGAACUUACUGAAGUUAGAUCCAGCAGAUAGAUAUUUGACAGAACAAUGUUUGAACCACCCUUCGUUUCAAACCCAAAGACUCCUGGAUCGCUGUGGAAGUUCACCUUCACGGUCAGCGAAGAGAAAACCUUACCAUGCAGACAGCAACACUUUAUCUAACAGAAAUCAAGCCAGCAAAAGUUCUGCUUUGCAGUCACACCACAGAUCAAACAGCAAGGAUAUGCAGACACUAGGGGCUGGCGGGCCAAGAGAAGAGGGGCUUCCAGCAAAUGAAAGCUUUUUAAAUGGAAACCUUCCUGGACCUGCACCUAGUCCAAUGCAUGCAAAAAAACCAAGCAACACACCUGGAUCUGGCAACAAGGAUAUAGCCAAUAAUAACAUGCCACAUCUCCUCAGCCCGAAGGAACCAAAGGGAAAAACAGAGUUUGAUUUUAAUGUGGACACCAAAAGCUCUGAUGGUUCAGGCACAAAGUACCUGAAGUCAAACACCAGAUCUCAGCAGAACCGGCAUUCCUUUAUGGAAACUUCUCAAAGCAAAACCGGGACGCUGCAGCCCGGCGACAAGCACAGUCGCCACAGCUACAUCGAUACCAUCCCACAGUCUUCUAAGAGUCCCUCCUAUCGGACAAAGUCCAAGAGCCAUGGAGUUCUGACAGACUCAAAAUCCGUGGGCAACCUUUCUGAGGCCAGGGCCCAAGCUGCAGAGCCAAACACCAGUAGGUAUUUUCCAUCCAGCUGUAUGGACUUGAACUCUCCUACCAGUCCAAGUGCUCCCCGGCACAGUGAUAACAGAACUAUGCUCAGUCCGUCCGCCAGGAAUAACCGCAGCGAGGGCACCCUGGACACCCGAAGACCUCCAACAAGACACUCCAAAACAAUGGAGGAGUUAAAACUGCCAGAUCACAUGGAUGGAAGCCAUUCCCACUCUCUAUCUGCUCCACAUGAAUCUUUUUCCUAUGGUCUAGGUUAUACCAGCCCUUUUUCUUCACAGCAGCGCCCUCAUAGACACUCGAUGUAUGUGAGCCGGGACAGAGUGAGGUCAAAGGGCUCAGAGGGUGGCUUAAGCGUAGGGCAAGGGAUGGCAGCCAGAGCAAACAGCCUGCAACUGUUAUCUCCACAGGUGCAGCAUAAGUCACUCACAAGGUCUGUUGGCUCAUCACGAGAAGACUGUACAGAAGAUUCUAAUAGGGGUGGAGCAUAUCAUGAUCCACACACAGAAGAUGGAGCAUCUACUAAGGAGAAUAGAAUUCUGUAUAAUGACCCUGUUCCGAGAAGAGUUGGCAGCUUUUACAGAGUUCCAUCUCCGCGUCCAGAGAGCACCUACAUAGAAAACAAUGUGUCCAACAGAGCCUCGGUGUUACCAGCAGACAGCACCACGGUGACAAACCACCCCAAGAGACAAACCACCUUUGACACCUGGAAAAGUCCUGAAAACCUUAACAGUCACUCAGAACAGCUCAAGGAGAAAGAAAAGCAAGGUUUUUUCAGGGCAAUAAAAAAGAAAAAGAAGAAAUCUCAAAAUACAGACUCAACCAACGGCGAGAAUCCAAGCAUCAAGAAAUCCCUCUUUCCUCUUUUUAAUUCAAAGAAUAAUUUAAAGCAUAGUUCUUCUUUGAAAAAACUUCCUGUAGUCACUCUACCAAUGAUGCCUAACACUGAAGGUCAGGAUCUCUUGGCAUUACAGAAAGCCAUUCAUUCUUCCAAUCACCAGAGCAGCAGGCAGAAGGAUUGGCAUCCUGAGAAGAUGACAGAAAUCCAGCCUCAUAGCCAGCCAUUAAAAUCUCUUCGGAAGCUCUUGCACCUCUCCUCAAACCAUCCUGUCGCCGCUGAGCCUCGCUUCCAGCCCUUACCCAGCCAGCCAGCCAAAGCUUCUUUUCCCGAAGUGCGGAUCCAUGCCAUGAGCCAAAGCUCCAGCAGCGGCAGCAGCAGCGUGCGGCCGGAGCCGCAGCCCAAGAGCCGGCCGGGGCUGCAGAUGCCGGGCCAGCUGGAGCCCACCUGGCACGUGUCCCCCGUCAGCAGGAGCGUCAGCGACGGGCCCCCCUACUCGGAGCAGCUGCCUCCCAAGAGCGGACAGAACGGGCACACCUACGGCCGAGCAAACCGCUCGCGAAUGCCAAACCUGAACGAUCUCAAAGAGACAGCCUUGUAACUGCGCUCCAGCAAACAGCCCGCUGUGGGGGGAGAGCAGCCUAGGGAGCGGUGGUGGUUCUGGUGAUGGUAAGACUGCAUUUCCAGCUUUCUAAAGGUGUGCAAUAUGUACAGGUGGAGCUAUGCUGUUCGGCACCACGAGAGAGUCAGGGAUUAUACAGGAACACAAGUGGAACUAUGAAUUACCAGUCAUCAGAAAUGUCACUGGAUGCCAGGCAGAGUGUGCCCGUCAGGGAGAAAAAUGCAUUGUCAUUUUCUCUCAUUUACAUUCCAGCUUAGUGCACAUCUCUGUCUGAAAGCUGGGAGACUUCUGGUAUGUAUUGGCACUUAAAAGGGUGAAAACAUUGUCUAGACCUAUGCCCUUACUACAUUUUUUGCUGCCUAGUUAAAACAGUGGGGUUUAUGUGAUAAAAGUGUAUUCCCGUUAAGGGUUUAAAGUUAAAUUGUAUGUCUUAAAUUUGUUUUUUAAACUUCCAUAUUUGAUAGGAUUUGUAAUAUUUAUUUAUGAUGACCUAAUAUCGUACUGUUAUAAUCAUAUCUUUUAUGUUAUAAUGUAAAGUUAUUUUGAGCUGUUUGAAACAUUGUGAAGCAGUGCAACAGCUACAGUAGUUUCUAUAAAAAACUAACAGUAACAUUUAUAUAUUGCAUCAGGAGUAUUUUAUUCUAUAUAAAAAUAUAUAUAUAAAUGGAAAAUAACUGUCUGUUUUUUAAAUAUACUCAUUUAAAAGAAAAGUAUUGUUAUGACACUAUCUGCCAUAUUUUUUAUACAUUUGUGAUAUAAAGUGCAGUAUUAUACUUCUAAUAAAAGGAAGUUGAAUGUGGAUAUAAACGUGACUGUAACAGUAUGAAUCUUGCUUGGCUAUGAGAUCCCAGUAUUGUAGGCAUUACAGGUAACAAACAAAAGACAACAUUUGAUUCCAAGCUUUAUUAUGGGAUAUUUGGUUGGAAAUAUUGGCUAAAUGUAAGAGACUGCAGAACUGUACAGUAAUCUAAAUGUGGUAUGUUCUCCCCUGUCUCCUUAGCUUUCCUAGUAAUAUUAAUGGGAUUUCUGCAUCAAGAGCACAGAGCCCCAGUACCAAAUUUUUGUUUCUUCCAGAGAGAUAAAGUGCCCCAUGACUACAAGCAAAAGCAGGUGCUCUUCCACUUAAUAGCAGGGGUGAAAACCAAAGACACAGCAUGAAUUGCAAGUGAAAUGCAAAACUUCGACACUUAAGCAUAGCAUGGCACUGCAGAUCAUGAUAUAAGCUUUUUAUGCAUAUGUGUAUUUUACAUCUCUAGCAAUCUAUUAACUAAUAAGAUAAACACUGUAUUAGAAUUCAAACUACUCUUGCACUUUUUAUUGUAUUUCAGGAUGUAUUUAAAGCUACAAUUCUGAUAUUUGGAUAUUGAGGGAGAAGGUUGCCAUGCAACUUGAUUUCUCCUUAGGUCUUACUGUCCAAAUAUUCCCAUACCCAGUUCAGCUACCAGUCUCAGCAAAAUACUAGAUCUUGGGUUCCAGUCUCCUGUACAACAUAGUUAAAACUGCCUUUGCCUUGGUGAAUGUCAAGUGUAGCAAAUACACAAGUAAAUCAAAGGUGAGCCAGUAGGGGUCAAAAGAGUUAUGCCAGUCUAAACUUUGUGCAAUAAGAGGAGAGCCAGGCCUGUAGUGUCAGAACAAUACAAUCUUUCCUUUUUAAACACAUUAGUUCUAGUCCCUCAUUACUCUGCAGCAUAGUUUGUUUUCUAGAUGCUGUCCUCAUAAGACACCUGUACUUACAAAUACAAUGUCUUUUUCCAAAAAGAGAUUAACCUGAAUGUAAAUUGGAUGAUUUAGCCAUAGAUGUAGUUAACAGAAGCAGCCAGGCAGUAAAAGCUGAACUUUUGACUUGGAUAGCAAUGCAAACUGGACAUGCUGUUCAGUACCUCGAGUCAUACCAAAGUUUUAACAACAGCAAAUUCGGCACCACUACUAUAAGAAUUGUUGUUAGAAAGAACAGUGUGGAAGGAUGUUAUAUCAGUUUUGUCCAGGACUAAAAAUAAGUCUACUAAAUUUGAAAAAUUACAGAAUAGGAAUUCUUCCUUUGUCAAUUGCCUGCAAGAAAUGUGCAUGUGAUUUUUCUAUAGAUAGAUAUGAUAUAUAAUAUCUCUCUAUAUAUGAUAUAUACUGUAUUGGUAUAUCAUAUAUAUAGCAUAUAUAAAUAGACAUGAAAGGGUAUUCAGUUUUUUUCUAAGUUCAGUGGGCAUCCAGGAAAGAUAUUGUGGUAUUUAUUUGUCAUCACUGUCAGAGUUUAGCAGCUUAUUUUAGCAGUCUCUGUUAGAUUCGUUGCUUGGUCUCAGCUACAUGAGCCCUGUUAGCCCUGCUUUGAAACGGGCUGUUGCCACUGAAAUCCUUCACCCUGAGAGAGUGGGGCUCUAAGCAGUGCAGUUUGAAUGUCUCUUUUAGGACAACAGAGCUGAUGAAGGGCCUGGAGCACAAGUCUCGUGAGAGUGUCUGAGGGAGCUGGGGUUGUUUAGUCUGGAAAAAGGAAUCUCAGGAGGGACCUCAUUGCUCUCUACAACCACCUGAAAGGAGGGUGUAGCCAGGUGGGGGUCAGCUUCUUCUCCCAUGUCUUAAGUGAAAGGAUGUGCCAGGAGAGGUUCAAAUUAAAUAUUAGAGGAAAAAAGAUCACUGAAAGAAUGUUCAGGCAUUUGAAUAAGUUGUCCGAGGACAUGGUGCAGUCACCGGCUCUGAGAGUGUUUGAGAGGCAUCUGGAUAUGGCACUUGGGGAUGUGGUGUAGGGGUGACUGGGGUGGUUGAUGGUUGGUCUGGACGAUCCUAAAGGUUUCUUCCAACCUUGAUGAUUCUGCAUUCAGUCUCACAGGGAAUCUUCAGUCUAGACUCUCCUGUGCUUUGUGGAUAUGUGUCCUUUGGCCUCUGCAAGGUUUUUAGCUUGCUGGGAAGAUCUUCAUGCUGGGGAUGAUGAUACUGGGCAAUAUGUGGUUGUUAUGAUUUCUAGCAAGGAAAAAUGUUUCAAAAGGAUUUUUUUCUCUGAAUCCAUUAAGUUAAAUCAGGGUAAUCCCUGACUGUACAUAUAGCUGUUUAAAGUAGUUAGCAAAUCUUCAAAGGUGACCCGAGGAAUGUUUGAGUAUUUGGUGGCCCAUAUUUACAGAAACUUGUUUCUACUUCAUACUGCAUUUUCCUCUUGAACUCAACAAACUGUAGUAGCUUUCAGUUGAAUACUAAAUUGUGUUGAAUGUAUGUAGUAUUUUCUUUCUCCUGUUGGAAAGAAAUUCCAGCAGCUCGGCCAGCUGGUGCUGGGAUGACUUGUGUAUUUUUAACUUGGUCUAUCUUCCCAAUAUUUAGAAUAUGGCUAAUGUGAUUUUGUCGAGGUUUUCAAAGGAGUCUUAUUAUAGUGACUGAGAUUUUCUGACUUAAUAAAGAGGAAGAGAAUUACAGAGAAAACUAUUUUGUAAGUGUGAGCUUUCCUUUUCACUGGUCUGUGAGUCCUGUACUACAUGCUCUAUAGAUUUAUUUAGUAUAAAGGAUCCUAGUUAAAAUCCAUUUUAUUCUUUGGCAAUCUUUUGCCUUAUGGCAUCACUGAUGAUGUGAAUAGAAAGAGAAACUAAGUUUCAGAAAUUACUUGUACUCAUUUUGCAGAACUCAAGCUGUCUAAACUUGCCUAUAUGUUUUUGUUACAGAUCUUGAGCUUUUUUAACUGAAAAAAAAGCACCUUAAGCUCAUCCUAAGUGUAAGUGUCUAAGCUGUCGUUUUAAACUGCCAUGCAAAUAUAUUAACCUAGAACAACAUCUAUGAUCAACAGACCUGGCCACAGAGAGCAGUCCCUUUGACCUAUUUAACACUUCUUGCUCCAUUUAUUGCAGUACAAGCUUCGUUGCCCCCCUGAGAGGUUGCUGGGAGAGCACUGGGCAGAGUUCUUGGCAGGAAGUCAAUGAUUCCAGAUUCGUCUCUUAAAACAUUCCCCAAACACAACUUUUAGAUCAAUUUUAAAGCAGGCUUCAAACUUCUAAGUGCAUGAUACAUCCUUAGGUUGUCAUUUGGCUUGUCACCUUCCUCUCUACCACACCAGCUUGUUUCUGGGACCAGGGCUGGAGUGACUCUUCAGGAAGCAGUGGUCUGUGGUAGGCUCUUCACCUUCCUUGUCAUUACUGUUAGAUCUCUUAGGAGAUGAAUGUCACUUGUUUAAAAAGCUACAUACCAACCUUUUCUUUUUUUCUUCAAAAGCUGAUGAGGUGUUAACUGAGUAGACGCCUGGGUUCACCCAAAAAAAGCUAUGUAUUCUCAACAAUUCUGUAGAUCUCCCUAUAAGAACACAGGUAACCUAUUGGAAUAUAGAUUAUACAGCCCUGUAAGCACAGUUGUGAUGUAGAUAGCUAAGGCAAAACCUGGCCACUUUAAAGAGGAGCUCUAAAAGUAUUAGGAGUUUUAUUCAUGCUUCAUUUUUUUUGUUGUCUUGUAACGAUUUGAUAUUGAGACAUGCUUCAGAAUACUUGCAUGUAACUAAUUCUGUAUGUGUUGAUCACUGUCAGAGUAGAACUGGGAGAAUAUUUGCAUCCCAGUCACACAAAGAGUUUUAGAAGGAUAGCCAUAUAUGAUAUACUACAAAUUGUGGGGUGGCAAUGAAUGUUUAUAUUUUCCAUUCCUGCUAGCAUACAUACAUCUGUUAAUAGGGUAAUAUCACAAACCAUGCAUCUAGGCUGUUGUUCAUGUUAAUAGGCCCACCAUUUGAAACAGGAGUGCCACAGAAGAUGGUUGGAAAGGUGAUGUGCCCUAUGUAACCAUUUUUGAAUAACUUUCAAAUCAGGACACUAUUUAAGAACAGGUGCCUUUCCCUACACAGCUCUUUUAGUGGUAUGAUAUUAACUGGGUUUGUAGUGAAUGAGGAAAAAAGCCAUUUAACUUCUGGCCUUUUUUUAAAAGGGGGUGAUUUGAGUAAACCCUUCGAAUAUAAAAAGCUUGGAAGUUCUAGGUGUUGGCACCUUUUUCAAAUGGUUAAGCAGCAGCAGUGCAUUAAUCAUCAAGCAAGUGAAGGUUUGUGCUGUACUGAAUGUUGUACUAAAACAGAAGAUUCCUCAUUUUGCAAUCACAAAGCAAAUUUCAUUAAAAUUAGCAAAGCAGAUUUUAUAGGAGAUCCUCUUUUGAUUGUAAGAAAAAAAGAUGUGUGAGGUCAUCUGUUCUCUCAGUAGACUUUUUAACAGCUACUACAUGAGACAGCAUGGUAAAUCUGAUGGAUUCGAUCUGAAUUUUACUUGUUCUGAGUUCUGCUUUGAUACAGAUUUGUGACCUUGUAUGCAGCCAGUUGUUUGAUGCAAAGGCUGGGGUUUGACCUACUCAGUGGAAGAUGCAUACAAAGUGUGAGAGGACUGGCCCCACUAUGUUUGGAUGCUUUCAUUCCACCAAAUCAGAUUGCUUCUCAGGCUCAUUUAGAACAUAACAAAAUAUGCAGCUGGGCAGAAGUGACUCUUGAAACAUGGCCCAAGAGCCUGAACAUGGAAUUUGUAUCUUAGCCUAAGAAUGAUGACACAUCUCUUGUCUUCUCUGCAAGUCAAUCUACCUCCUCUCUCUUGCAGAAUGUGAUUGAGGUUGGGUUUCUUUAUUCUGAGCUUAUUAUUGACUCCAAAUUUUGAAAAGACAUCUAAAAAGAUUGUUCCUCCAGGUACUGUUAGCAACCAUGUAAUAAAAUAUUGUUGGGCCUUCAUCUGAAAUACUUCUGAAACCUCCAAGCCAUCUGAGCUCUCCCUCUAGAAUCCCAAUACCAUCCUUUGCACUGCUUUGCAGGUCUUCCCUUGGCCUUCCCCUCGUGGUUCUCAAAUAUUGCAGUUGCCUUGUUCUUUGUUGUUUCUCUAGUGCAGAUUUUCAGGGAGUUAGAGGCCUUAUCUACUACUCCACCCUGUUUGCUGUUUUACUCAAACAGCUAUCCUUAGACUUGCUCAGGAUUUCCUUCAUUUUAAUUUUCCAUUUCAUCUGGGUGAGAUACCUUACCUCAUUGUGCCCCCACCAGAACACGCUGCCUACCAGGCUUUUCGUUCCACCAGGUCUCUGUUUUCACAGGGCAUUGUUUCUCUGGAUCUGUUCUGAGAAAUGCAAGGUGGCAUCUUCAUUGUACAGACGUGGAAAUGCGUUGUGAAGUAGCUGCUGUUGUAGAGCUUUCCUUAGCAUAAAGAUAAAGCAUGUUCAUAGCACAAGGUGGAAGCCGCUGUUCAAUUUUCCUAUGGGAUAUGAACCUCUUGGUGUAAACUCCUGACAUGUAAAUCCAGUGGCAGAGCUUUUAACUCUUUAGUUACAAGGCAAAACAUUAAGCAUAGGGAACUGUCUCGACUUUUCUUUCUUUUUUUUUUUUUUUUUGCUAAUGCGCAUCUUAGACUCAUACUACUGAAGGAUAUGACUAAUUGAAAGAAGUAACUUUAUGUUUGGGUUAUAUGGAACAAUAAGCUAAAAUCGUCCCAGAAACCAUAAUUUUGUUGGAAAUUCUAUCAGGCUUUUUAAAAUCUGGUUAAUCUGUAAGGAAUUCCAGGACUGCUUAGGUCUCCACUGUGGAAUGUUUAAUUUUAAAUUUGUGUCAUUUGGAAGAGAGAAGGAAAAAUGAAGUUUAGGAAUUUUUUUUUUUCACUAUCUGCCAGUGCAGAUUAACAGGCUGGGGAGGCAGCUUUCAAAACUUCUAAAUUUAUGGAUAAGAUUCCCUGAUGUUUUUUAACAGCUACUAGAAAUCUAAAGCGCACAAACUUUUAAAUCUACCGUGCUUUCUGUUGUGGAAGGGAUAUGUUGUGGUGUUAGCCUUUUUAAUCCUGGAAUACAAAUUGAUUUUAAAAUGUGUUGAAUAUGUAGGGAUGACUUCAUGCAAGUUAAUAAACCAUUUGUAAAGUGUUUGUAUACAACCCUUUGUAUCAUGUUGUUGGUACACCUUACCAAAUUUUUUUUGAGCAUGUAUUCCAUUCUUUACUUCUGUACAAUUUCUAUUGUUGCUGUAAAUAUUCUAAAAGAGAAAAAAAAAUCCUGUGGUAACCUUAAUUAUCAGCAUGGAAAUGGUUAAUUUUUACUGAGCACAAUGUAUUUUUGAAUGGGCCUUCCAAAAUAUGUCUUUAAUAAAAAUGCAAAUUUUGCACUAGAA